GUCUUCAUUUAAGAAGCAAAGGCAUAUUUCAUGGCUGAUGCUGUGGUAUCCUUUCUUGUGGAGAGGUUGGGUAACCUCCUGAUUGAGGAAACCACACUGUUAUGGAGUGUAAGGGAUCAGGUCCAACAGAUGCAAACCGAGCUAAAACGGAUACAGUGCUUUCUAAAAGAUGCUGACAAGAGGCAAGAUGAGGAUGCCAGUGUUCGGAAUUGGGUUUCAGAGAUAAGAGAUGCUGCUUAUGACAUUGAGGAUGUUAUUGACAGUUUUAUGCUUAAAUUUGCACCUCGGAAUGGAAGAAGAAUCCAUAAUCCCAUCACCAAAGGCAUAGCACUUCACAACCUUGCUUCAAAAAUUGAUGAGAUUAAAUCUCGAAUAAUUGAUCUCACCAGAAGCUUACGAACUUAUGGAAUAACUGCAAGAAAAGAAGGAGAAGGAACUAGCUUAGCAUUUGAGAGGCAGAGGCAGCUCAGGUGGUCUUAUUCCCAUGUUGUUGAAGAGUAUAUUGUCGGUUUUGAUGAAGAUAUAAGGCAACUGAUAGCACAGCUGGUGAAUGAAGAGAAAUACAAAGUUGUGUCUAUCUGUGGUAUGGGUGGUCUGGGAAAGACCACCAUGGCAAAAGCUGUUUACCAUCAUGGUGAUAUAAGGAGACACUUUGAAGGGUUUGCUUGGGCAUAUGUGUCGCAGCAGUGCAAAAGAAGAGAUAUUUGGGAGGGGAUUGUGCUGAAACUUAUCAUUCCAUCCAGGGAGGAGAGGGAGGAAAUUUUAAGAAUGGGAGAUGAAGAUUUGGCAAAGAAGCUUUUUAAAGUUCAGAAGGAAAAGAAGAGUUUGAUUGUUAUUGAUGAUAUUUGGAGCACCGAGGCAUGGUCUACUCUUAGUGCUGCUUUUCCAAAUGAAACUGCUUCUGGUAGCAAAGUACUGCUUACAACACGCAACAAAGAAUCGGCUUUGAUUGCUGACCAAGAGGGAUUUGUUCAUGAACCAGACUGUUUGAAUGAAGAAAAGAGUUGGGAGUUAUUCCAAAGAAAAGCAUUUCCAAGGAGAGGCGAUUCAGACUUCGGAAUCAACAAAGAUAAGGAGAAGGUAGGGAGAGGAAUGGUUGGAAGCUGUGCAGGUUUACCACUGGCCAUUGUUGUGCUUGGAGGGCUUUUGGCAACAAAAGAAACAUUGAGUGAGUGGGACAUGGUGAACAGAAAUAUCAGGUCAUAUUUGUCCAGAACUAAAGGCCAUGAACAAGCAAGAUUAUCUGAGGUAUUGGCGUUAAGUUACCAUGAAUUGCCUUACCAAUUGAAACCAUGCUUCCUCUAUUUGAGUCAGUUCCCUGAAGAUUUUGAUAUACCAACUAAAAAGUUAGUUCAGCAGUGGGUGGCAGAAGGCUUUGUCUUCCCACAGGAUGAGAUAGAAGGAGAUGAAACAGUGGAAGAUGUUGCAGAAGGCUACCUACAUAGUUUGAUCAACAGGUGUAUGGUUCAAGUGGGAGUGAGGGGUUCAAUUGGAAAAAUCAAAACUUGUCACCUGCUUGACCUUAUGCGUGAUCUUUGCUUGUUGAAGGCACGACAAGAAAGUUUCAUGGACAUAAUUGACCACUGGUUUGGGAAUGAGACCCUCGGUGCUUUUUCAUCAUCCAAUGAAACAAGAUCAAUCAGAAGAAGUCGCAGGCUUUCGAUUCUUUUGAGGGAAGAUGUUGAUGAUCUUACUUUGCCACAAUACAAAAAAAAAUCCCAACCUGAGGUCCCUCUUCUUCUUCCGUUCAAAAAAACAAAGAUUAGAUAUCGCAAAGAUAAUGAAUUCUGCUGUUGCCAAGUUCAAAUUGCUUAAAGUCUUGGAUCUUGAAGGAAUUAAAGGACCUAAGGUGAAGUUACCAGCAGGUAUAGGAACUAUGACACAGCUGAGGUUCUUAAGUAUAAAGAAAACUCUUAUAAGAGAGUUACCAUCAUCUCUGGUCAAUCUGGUGUUGUUGGAAACCCUGAAUUUGCAAACCAUAAAUAAGUUUUCUUGGGAAUCAACUGUACAAUUGCCA